AUGUGUCAUGUCAUUGUCACCUGUCGCUCAAUGCUGUGGACUCUUCUGAGCAUUGUUGUGGCUUUCGCUGAACUCAUUGCUUUCAUGAGUGCAGAUUGGCUAAUCGGCACCGCCAAAGCCUCUAGCAAUGCAGACACGGACAACAGGACUGGGGGCUCCCAGCAGCCCUACCACCCAUCCUUGGGCAUCUACGCUCGCUGCAUCCGUAUCUCCCACAUACACCAUUCCAAUCGGGACACCCUCUGUGGUCCCUAUGCCGAGAACUUCAGCGAGAUCGCCAGUGGCUUCUGGCAGGCCACCGCCAUCUUCCUAGCUGUUGGGAUCUUUAUUCUCUGUACCGUGGCCUUCGUAUCUGUCUUCACCAUGUGUGUGCAGAGCAUCAUGAAGAAAAGUAUUUUUAAUGUCUGUGGGCUGCUACAAGGGAUUGCAGGUCUGUUCCUUAUCCUAGGAUUGAUACUCUACCCUGCUGGUUGGGGUUCCCAGAAGGCAAUAAACUACUGUGGACAUUACGCUUCUGCCUACAAACUAGGAGAGUGCUCCCUCGGCUGGGCCUUCUACACAGCCAUCGGAGGAACGGUCCUGACGUUCAUCUGUGCCGUCUUCUCAGCACAAGCCGAGAUCGCCACAUCCAGUGACAAAGUACAAGAAGAGAUCGAGGAAGGGAAAAACCUGAUCUGCCUCCUUUAAUAUGCGAAAGCGGGAAAGACAGAGAGAGAGAGAGCAAGAGCGUGAGAGAUCAGAGCCUGUUCUUCCCUUAUUAACUUUGGAAAAAGGAUCCACUUUCCUGUUUUCACCGCUUGUGACCGCCCAGGGGUCAUCAGGGGCCUGUUUCUACUGAAGUCCUCGUUCAUGCUUCCCAGGCCUCUGAGGAAGGAACAGGAAGAAACAGCCCAUCUCAGAGAAGCUGGACACCGGCCGCCACUGGGGCGAGGUUGGGGAGGGAGUUUGGAAGCGUGUAAAUAGCAAUAUAAACCAUGUCCAAUAGCUGACAAAUGCUGUCAUUGUUAGAUCGCAUCUUUCCCAGGGUUAAGUAAUGAAGCCGGCAAUUCUGAUUCUGGACAGGAUGAGACAGGAAACUAAGUUGGGAGUAUCCAACGGGCUCCUCUCUUGGUUUUGAGACCUUCUUCUGCCACAAGUUUAGGACCCCGCUACAAAGAAUAUUCAUCAGAAUGAGUUUGGGGGGUUGUUGUCUAACCUGACUCCAACUUUGUAGCCUGUUAUCAAAUGCAUUGCUGGGCGAAAAUAAAGCUACACUCCUUCCCCGCAGG